AUGUACAGUUGUGCUUGCAAAUCAAACAAACAAGACUUGAUCAUUACACUCCUGGAACAAACAGGAUCGUUUUAUGAUACUGUGGAAACUCUGCGAUCUCAAACCGAAAUUCCCAGCGAAUCCUUGAUUUUCAUUUUACAGAAUAUUUUUGGAAUUCCAGAAUUCCGGCCGAAUCAAUUAUCGAUCAUUCAAUCGCUGCUCACUCAUCAUAGCUGCGUGUUUAUCUCACCGACGGGAAGCGGAAAAUCGCUGACCUAUCAGCUUCCCGCGCUUCUUUUCCGCGGGAUUUCGCUGGUUAUCUCUCCACUCAUUUCGCUCAUGCACGAUCAGGAACACCAGCUUCCCCCCAUUCUCUCCUCCCUCGUACUCACCGGCUCUCUCUCUCCCCGAAUUCUAUUCGAAUCCAUCAAAGCCAUCAAUUCGGGCAUCAUCAAAAUCAUCUACAUCUCCCCCGAGAAACUCUUCUCCUCCAUGUUUCGAGAGCUUCUCCACUCCACCUCCCUUGCAGAUCAGAUCGAUCUCGUGGUCGUCGACGAGGCACACUGCAUCAGCAGCUGGAGUUUCAACUUCCGAUCCGAUUAUCUUCGACUUUUCUCCAUGAUCUCCUUGAUCAACCAGUCCAAAAAACAGGGCGAUUUUUACCAGUCUUGCUCGGUGCUGGGACUCACAGGAACCGGGGGAAUUCGCGUGAAGGAAGUAGUGGCUUCGAUCGAAUUCGAUGAUAGGAUAUCUGCAAACAUCUUCAGAUUCCCGCGGAACAGGUCAUUGAUAACGGGUGGUAUCGUCGCAACAUCAAAAUCGCCUCGGUGUCGAGAGACCAGAUUCAGUCGUGUCAACAGUACGUUUUUUGGAAUGCCAAAAAUCGAGACUAUUACGCGAAUUCCUUCAAUCGUCGUUUUUCGAUUCCAAAUCACGUCAAAAUGUGAUUGUGUUCGUCCCAUUCCGUCGAGACACCACGUCUCUCUGCGAAUAUCUUCAGAGUUACAACAUUGA